AUUUAUGCUACGAAAAGGAAAGAAAGAAAAACGGAAGUUUUGCACGGAAAAACAGAAAUUAGUAAGGCAGUGCCUUUUCCUGUGGUGCCUCCAUAGCUGUGUGAAGCGCCAGAGGAGAAGGUUCAGGAGCUUGAAGACUCAUACGGCCAGAUUUGGGAACAGCUUCUUUCCAACUGUGAUCAUCUGCUACAUCCUGAGCUUCCUGUCCUCAUCAGACAGAAGGGAGGCAUCGCUGGUGAGCAGAGCCUGGUAUGCUGCCUCCCUGGAUCGCAGUCUACAGAAAAAUGUCGUCUACAAUCUUCAAGCAUCAUCCAUGUUCCUGGAGUCCAUUAGAAAUUUAGGUCGGAGACAGAGUCCAUGUGUGGCUUUGAGUAAUCUCGAUGGGGAACCCAUUUCAAAGAUGGUGAUUCAGAGUAUUGUGGUCUACCUAACUGCAUAUCUGGAGGACCUGUCCCUGCGUGGCUGUUACAUCACCGAGACUUCCUUUGUGACCCUGAUCUCAUCUUGCCAUAAUCUGAGAAGGCUUGACAUCAGUGGCUGCAACUGCCUUUUCCUGAGUGGCACGUUACUGUCCAAAGAUGAGAACAAAGCAAGGAUGGCUAAAGCCCUGGUGAAUCUCCGGAAACUCAACCUCUCCAACCUAUGGUACCUCUCAGACCUGAUCUUCAACCGACUUACUGACUGCAUGCCUAAUCUCCGAGAACUAUCUCUUGCCAGCUGCCAUUUCACUUUUGAGUUUGAUCCCUACCGUGGAAUGAACAUGUUCAAUUCUACUGCUGUGCUCUCACUUAGAAAUAUUCUUCAUUUUAUAAAUAGACAAGCAGCCAUGCUGAAGGUCCUAAAUCUUAGUCGUACCACAAUCACGAGCGAAGCCGUGUUGUCAGUGGUUCAAGUUUCUGGGCUUUGCCUAGAAGCGCUGGUACUUCAGCACUGUAAAGACAUCACAAAUGAAGCAGUCUCUGCCAUUUGUGCAUACCAGCCAGGACUCACUGUGCUGGAUCUUACUGGCUGUACUGAGCUAACUGGCAAAUCUGUUCUGGCCAUAGUUUCAAGCCUGCGGUGCCUGGAGUAUCUGUCCCUGGGCAGGAUCAGUCACAUCACGGACAGUAUCUUGAAAGAUCUGUCCACAAUCCCAACCCUGAAAGCCCUUGAUAUCUCCGAGUGUUACCAAGUAAGUGGCUGCGAUCUGGUUAAGGGGCUGGCGCUGCCAGAGGCUGUGUCAAAACUAGUGAAGCUCAAUCUCAGCUGUUGCACCAUGGUGAAAGACAGCUGUGUGAACUCAAUGGCAAAGUUCUUGGGCAGGAGUCUGCGAGAAUUGGACCUCACAUCCUGUGUGUACAUCACCGAUAUCAGUGUCCAUUGCAUUGCUAAUCAGCUCAGGGGUUUAACCGUGCUGCGACUUGGUUGGUGUAAGGAGAUCACGGACUGGGGUCUGCUUGGAAUGGUCACAGCCAAUGAUGACAGUCAGCUACACUGUAAGGGUGACGAUGAACCAGAGCUCAGUAGGAACUUCAGUAAUAUGAGAUUUCUUGCUUCUCCCAAACAUUGUGACAAAAACCCCCAGGUCAUAACUGAAUCUUAUAUUGAGGCCUCCAAGGGGAAAGAGCAAGUUUCACUCAGUGCAUUAACACAUCUCAAGGAGCUCAGUCUGACUGCAUGUACCAAGCUAACAGAUACCAGCAUAAUGAAGGAAAUCCGCUUUGAGGAACUGAGGACCCUGUCAUUGAGCAUGGUACGUGAGAUGACAGAUGAGAGCAUCAUAUCCGUUGCGACACACUGCCGGAGCUUGGAACGACUUUCUCUUAGCCACUGCAGCCAGCUAACUGACCAGGGCUUCAUUGGUGCUGUCAGCCACCUGAAGAGGCUGAGCCACCUCGACAUCUCCUGCCUUGAUAAGAUCACUGUCCAGUUGUUGGAAGUCCUCUUGAAUGAGUGCAAAUGGCUGAAAAGUUUGGAUGUCUCCAUGUGCGGUGGGCUGACUAUUGCAGACAUCGAACGACUCCAACUGCUUCACCCCACUCUCACCAAUAUCCAAGCAAGGUGCCUGGGUGAAGCUGACCUGUCCCUGUCUUAGUGAAAAAGACAGAAUGCAGAGUUUAAAGAAGAAUCGGAGAUACAAUAGAUCCCUGUUAUCUCAAGAAGCCAAAACCUGGCUUCCAAACUCUGAGAAAGCACUGUGGUUGGUUAGCAAGGUUUGACUUGACUUUUUGUAAUGCAAGGGCCAGCCUUCAACUCUUGAUUAUUCACAUGGAGUCAAAGUCAAUUUGGUUUAACAUAUUAUUAUGGGGAGAUGAGGAAAGGUAGAAGGAAGCUUAUGUGGAUCAUAAAUAUUUUAAAUAAUUUAGACUCUCUGCAGGAUUGAGUAUUGCAAUUGCCCUGGCGUAUUGCCCCAGCAUGGGGAUAUUUAGCCAAAGUUCCUGAUUAUUAUCCAGUUAGACGCAUGUUGUUGGAUAAUGAAAUGUAAUUUUCAUGGUGCUGCACUUAAGACUUGUCAGUCUGUUCACUAUUUGAUUACGGUAAGUUGAAAAUGGCACUGAAGGGAGAUACUGGAGGGCAAUAGGACUCCCAGGAGUUGGUUUUGAGAGAGGGCUUUAAAUUCAGUUGUUCUCUAAUUACAACUGCUGGUUUUUAUUACAUGUAAAACUUGUGUCCUAUUCAGUAUCUUGCAUCUUUUAAAAGUUAUAUUUGCAUUUUCAGGUCACUGGUAAAUUGUUACUGUACAGUAAGAAUGUCACAUUACACACUAUUAAAAAUGUUGCAACUUCUUGUCAGAUUAAUUGUAGUAGAAAAUUAAUGUUGAUUUUUUGAAAUAUUAAUUGCUGGCAAGUGAACUCAAAGCUGGGAUGGUUUGCUUUUAAUGACAUCACAUAUUAAACCCGUACUGUUUUAAAUAAAGCUCGUAAUCUAAAGUGAUUUGUGAUAGCCUCUUAGCUUAUCUAAUGGGGGUUUAGACACAAUUUACAAACAUCAAAUGGCAGCUUAGCUGUUAAGGCUUCUGAAACCUACAUUUGUCACGAACUCCAAA